GAAGCUGUGCGGCGGGCCUGUAGGCGGGCCUGGCCACCGGCCGCGCUCAGGCUCAGAUCAGGUCGGGGAGUCGCCGCGCAGCCAACACCUACCUACGGCGAGUGUCGCCGCAGACAUCCUUUAGUCCUCGACGUACGAAAUCGAGAUGUGGUGGUCGCGCGCCGCGGUCUUGUUGCUGGUGGCGGUGCUGGUGCGGGGAGGGCCUGCGCCCGGGCCCCACCACAAGCGCCUGCACCGCGAGCGCUACGUGGAGAAGCACGUGGUGCACUACUCGGCCGACGACUCGUACGGCGCCCCCGCGCAGCCCGCCCGGGCGUACCAGCCCUGCCCCGUGUGCGGCGGCGGCGGUGGUGGCGGCGGGUCCUCGGCGCAGUCCUCGGCCCAGUCCUCGGCGUCCAGCCAGGCCAGCGGCGGCGCUGGCGGGGCGUCCUCGAACGCCCAGUCCUCGGCCCAGAGCGCGUCCUCGGGGUCCGGCGGGGACUCGCAGUCGCACAGCCAGUCUCAGGCGUCCUCCUCGGCGCAGGCCAAUGCCCCGGUCGCCGCGCAGCAGCCCGUGUACCAGGAGUACCAGGAGUACCAGCCGCCCCCGCAGCGCCCCGUGUACCAGGAGUACCAGCCGCCCCCACAGCGCCCCGUGUACCAGGAGUACCAGCCGCAGGAGUACGUCGCGCCGCCCCAGCAGCAGGUGGCGCCCUCCUCGGGGUCCCACUCGCACAGUCAGGCGCAGUCUGAGAGCCAGGCGCAGUCUCACGGGGGCGGCGGCGGUGGCGGUGGCUACUGCACCGUGUGCGGUCAGCCCGUGCCCUCCGGGCCCUCCGGCGGCGGCUCCAGCUACUCCAGCGCCAACUCCCAGGCCGCCGCCGGGGCGGGCUCCGUCGACGUCAACGUGAACGCGCCGGCCGUCGGGGGCGUCGUCAACGACGCUCUGAACAUUCCCGUGUCGGUGCUCGGCGCAGUCAACACGUUCCUCAACAACAAGGCGGCCGCACGCCGGGAAGCCGCCCUCACGUCACCGCCCGUGCCCGUCUACGACACCAAGUACAAGUCCACGACGUGGUCCGAGUCCGGGUCGCAGGCGUCCUCGGGCGCGCAGGGCUGCGGCGCGUGCGGCGGCGCCGGCUCCAACUCGUACUCGGGGUCACGCACGCGCACCAGGACGCGCCUGCGCCAUCGCCGUCCCGGCCCGGCCGUGCACAACCCGGAGUUCUUCAACGACAUCUUCAACAUCCCGAUCUCCGCGCUCAACUCGGUCGGCCAGCUGGUGGGCAACGCCGCGACUGGUCUCGGUGACGUGAACGUGAACGUGGCCGGGUCCGGCUCCAAGUCGUCGUCCUCGUCGAGCGCCGGGUCCAACGCCGGCGGCGGCGGGGGCGGCGGCAGCUCCUCGUCCAGCGCCCAGUCGCAGGCGAGCGCGCAGGCCUCCGUGUCCUCGGGCCUGGGGGGCUUCAGGGCGGCCGGCUCGCAGGCCCAGGCCAGCGCCAGCUCCAGCGCCAACAGCGGCGCCCACGGCAAGUGAGCGCGGAGCGCGGUCUGGCCUGGCGCGGGCCGGCGCCGUGGGCGUAGGCCACCCCUCCACCACGCAGCGCUUGCGUCAACGCCGGCGCGGCCCGCCUCACCUGUGAGCUCACCGGACUGCAUUUGAAAACUCGUCGCGCGCCCCGCCCUCUCUGCGCUCUCACUUCAGACGUAUUCAUAUUCAUAUACGCGAGCGGCGGCGGCGUUUUGGCGGAAUUUCAACCAAGUACAAAAAAAUGAAAAAAGAAAAAGAACGAACGAAUUAUGGAGGCACCGGCUCCCUUGCUUUUACCGGGCCUUUUGGUCUGAGCCUGCAGCGGGGUUGGUACCGUGCACACUUUGUGCCUCGACAUGGAGAAAUGCCGAGUGAAGGACGCGCGAGAUCUCUACAUCACCACCUCCUCAACGCCUCUACAGGCCUGGCAGUGCUGGCAGACUGCAGUAAAUCAUAGUGAGCAGUCGCGAAGGCACCAACGUCAAUCCUGUUGCGAUGCUGUAUCAAGUUUUUAUUUUGUGUGGGUAGGGGGGGGGGGGGAAAGGGAGUUAAAAUUAUGAUUAUUUUUAAUGUUCUGCACUGUUUUGUGUUUACUGUGAUAUGUUCUGUUAACGAGCACACGACGGUUAGUUUCUCGCCUGCCUUUCUCUAAGCGCAGGUACGCUAUAGAGAGACGACACUGUGAUAAUGUUAAGGAGCGACUUCUGAAAUGAAAAAAAAGAGAGAGAGAACACAUAUAAAACAUUAUUAAUGAUUCA